AUGUUAACAAUCGAGCUGCUCCGCAUAGUUCCAAUUCUGGUGCUGCUGUUCCUCAGCAGCUGUCGGACCACAACCAUACACAGGAAUAAUCCUAUGGGGAUUCCACUGAAUCAGACGGUAUAUGAGAUGAAGAAUUGCAAAUCACGCACAUCUCGACUUGAUUCAGCGGCAAAUUCCUGCCUUAGACGACAAAGUCCGGGUCCUCUCUGCGAAACGUGUGAGCUGAUGUCGCUUUGUGUAAAAAAUUCCAAUGGCUGGUUCGGAAUUCCAUUGGUGUCGUGUGAUGUGAAAAACGGUUACUAUUGCAAUGCGCGUCUGGGUGUUUGCUCCAAGGACUUGGGCCCUUGCCAUCCCUUAGCCACAGCUGAUAAUUUCAAGAGCAAUUUGCCGGGCAUUUUUCCGGAUCCCUAUGACUGUCAACGGUAUUAUUUGUGUUACUAUGAGGGCUCAACCUUGACAUGUGUCAUCGCCAAUUGUGACGUAAGCAAGGCCUUUGAUGCGAGCACAGGACAAUGCUCUGUGUCUCCACAGAGUGCUGCAUGCACACAAAAGCAGUUCGAAUGCCCUUAUGUAGGCCAUAUUGCAGCCUGGCCUACGAACCCGAACAUCUACUACGUUUGUAAGGCAACGGUGAAGCAAAACAUCAACGACACAAUCAUCAUUUAUCCGCUGCUUCAACGUUGCAGCGAUGGACAGAUUUUUGUGGACUCUUUCUGUCGCGAUAGCAGUCUUUCGCGUAGACUGGCUCCAGCAAAGUCCACAACAAGGCCGGAUAGGCCCAACUGUGUGCUGGGAAGUUGUUGA